AUGACAAGUAUAAUACCUAAUGAUGUUAUUAACUGGGAUAUCCUAAAUGAAAUUAUAUCUAUGGAUGAAGAUGAUCCAGACUUUUCCAAAGAAUUAAUACGCCAGUUCAUUGAACAAGCUAAGCAAACAUUUGAUCAAAUACAAGAUUUACUACAACAAUGUGCUAGCAGCAGUGAUACAAGGAGUUUGUUGCAAGAAAUUAGCAAUUUGGGUCAUUUCCUAAAAGGUUCUAGUUCAGCUUUGGGUCUAACCAGAAUAGCUUGGUACUGUGAGUGUAUACAAAACUACGGGAAUCUAAAAAACUAUGGUGGGUCACAUACUAUAAGACAAGAUAAUGGCCCUAACAAUAAUAAUAAUAAUAUCCCUGCUUUUAUUAAGUUAUUAAAAAAUGCAUUAAAAAAUGCCAGAAUAGAAUUUGAAUUAGCCAGAUCAGAGUUAUCUAAAUAUUAUAAGGAGGAAUUAUAG